UUAGAAAUGAAGAGCUGCCCACAGCAAAUGUCUUUAAUGCCCAGGCCGAGAAGAGAGCGGGUUAGCGACUGAUCCCACUGAUUAGGGGACCCAGGAGCCUCCCACCCUCGGUGCUCCGUGCGGCGGGGGCGCGCAGCGCGCUGCGCCAGGGCCGGCGGCGGCAGCGUGGGCUCGGCGAUGCAGGUGUGACACCCGCGGGCUCCUGCCUCCGCCAGGAUCGCCUGGGGCGGACGCUGCUCGCUCCUCACCCGGGGGGCGGCCGCCCACGGAUUUCCCACCCAGGGCAUAACCUUCAGUAACAGAACACAUCAGGCCAGCCAGCAAGCUGCCACGUCCUGCCAGCACCUUUUCACGCAACCCAGCUGGAUCCAUUUCUAAUCACCGUCCCCCAACACAACAUCUCAGGGUCACCGAAGGAGACCAGAUCAGAAUUUGAAAUUUUCCAAAGACUUUUAAUAGACAUCGAACGCAAAAGGAGACUUCGGUUGCCUUUGCACAGAUCUGCUCUAUUUGAGAGACAAAGGAGCGGGGAGAAUACCGGUGCCACUUUCACCCAGGUAGUCACAUGAGCACGUUCUACGGUUAAACCUCUACACAUAGAAUGGAUGAUGGUUAUCGAAACAGCCCAAACCUCUACCACGGCGCGAGGGACCUAGCUCGAGAGGCGACCCGGCAGUCCCGGAAUCAAGGCAUGGACGACUACACAUAUCAGGACAGCUAUGAGGGCUACGCCCCCAGUGAUGGCUAUUACCGUGGCACCGAGUCCAACCCAGAAGAGGACGCGCAGAGUGAUGUCACAGAAGGCCACGACGAGGAGGAUGAGAUCUAUGAGGGCGAGUACCAGGGCAUCCCUCACCCAGAUGACGUCAAAGCCAAGCAGACCAAGGUGGCGCCCUCCAGGGCCGACGGCCUUCGGGGCCGGGCCGACCUGCUGGCCGAGAGAAUGGAAGAUGAGGAGCAGCUGGCCCACCAAUAUGAGACCAUCAUUGACGAGUGUGGCCACGGGCGCUUCCAGUGGACCCUCUUUUUCGUCUUGGGUUUGGCCCUGAUGGCCGACGGGGUGGAGGUGUUCGUGGUUAGUUUUGUCCUGCCCAGCGCAGAGAAGGACAUGUGUCUGUCCAGUUCUAAGAAAGGAAUGCUUGGUAUGAUCGUCUACCUGGGAAUGAUGGCGGGGGCCUUCGUCCUGGGGGGCCUGGCUGAUAAGCUGGGGAGGAAGAGAGCCCUCAGCAUGUCUCUGGCCCUCAACGCCUCCUUUGCCUCCCUCUCCUCCUUCGUGCAGGGUUAUGGGGGCUUCCUCUUCUGCCGACUCAUCUCAGGCAUUGGUAUUGGGGGCGCUCUGCCCAUCGUUUUUGCCUAUUUUUCUGAAUUCUUAUCUCGGGAGAAGCGAGGAGAGCACCUCAGUUGGUUGGGCAUCUUCUGGAUGACAGGGGGCAUUUAUGCGUCUGCCAUGGCCUGGACCAUCAUUCCACAUUAUGGCUGGGGCUUCAGCAUGGGCAGCCAUUACCAUUUCCACAGCUGGAGAGUGUUUGUCAUCGUCUGCGCUCUGCCCUGCACCCUGUCCAUGGUGGCCCUGAAGUUCAUGCCAGAGAGCCCCCGGUUUCUGCUAGAGAUGGGCAAACAUGACGAAGCUUGGAUGAUUCUCAAGCAAGUCCACGACACCAACAUGAGAGCUAAAGGGACCCCAGAGAAGGUGUUCACGGUUUCCAACAUCAAAACUCCCAAGCAAAUGGAUGAAUUCAUUGAGAUCCAAAGUUCCACAGGAACCUGGUACCAGCGCUGGCUGGUCAGAUUCAAGAGCACUUUCAAGCAGGUCUGGGACAACGCUCUGUACUGUGUGCUGGGACCCUGCAGGAGGAACACGUUCGUUCUGGCCGUGGUCUGGUUGACCAUGGCUUUGAGUUACUAUGGACUGAUAGUUUGGUUUCCCGAUAUGAUCCGGUAUUUUCAAGACGAAGAAUACAAGUCCAAAAUGAAGGUGUUUUUCGGUGAGCAUGUGUACGGUGCCACGAUCAACUUCACCAUGGAAAACCAGAUUCACCAACACGGGACGCUUGUGAAUGACAAGUUCACAAAGAUGUACUUUAAACACGUUCUCUUUGAAGACACGUUCUUUGACGAGUGCUAUUUCGAAGACGUUACAUCCACUGAUACCUACUUCAAAAACUGCACCAUUGAAUCCACCAUCUUUUAUAACACAGACCUCUACGAACACAAGUUCAUCAACUGCCGGUUUGUCAACUCCACCUUUCUGGAGCAGAAGGAGGGUUGCCAUAUGGACUAUGAGCAAGAUAAUGACUUCCUGAUCUACCUGGUCAGCUUCCUCGGCAGUCUGUCUGUCUUACCUGGGAAUAUCAUUUCUGCCCUGCUCAUGGAUCGAAUCGGAAGGCUCAAGAUGAUCGGUGGCUCCAUGCUGCUCUCGGCAGUCUGCUGCUUCUUCCUGUUUUUUGGCAACAGCGAGUCAGCGAUGAUCGGCUGGCAGUGCCUGUUCUGCGGGACCAGCAUUGCUGCCUGGAAUGCCCUGGAUGUGAUCACGGUGGAGCUGUACCCCACCCACCAGAGGGCAACAGCCUUUGGCAUCCUCAAUGGAUUAUGCAAAUUUGGAGCCAUUCUGGGAAAUACCAUCUUCGCUUCUUUUGUGGGGAUAACCAAAGUAGUCCCCAUCCUUCUGGCUGCCACUUCUCUCGUUGGGGGUGGCCUGAUUGCUCUGCGUCUGCCUGAGACCCGAGAGCAGGUCCUGAUGUGAACCACCUAUGGGGAAAGGAAAUGGUGCAAGAACCUUGUCCAGGAACCUGCAGUGCACCCACGCUUCCUGUCUGUCACCGUCCAGAGGAUUCUGGGUAGCACCGGAGGAGAAGUUGAUUUUGUGACCCCUAGUUUAGGACCCCUUUCAGCUGUCAAGAUGUGUGCAACUCAGGUGACUGAUUUGGGGUGUCCUGCACCACCCUGAUCAUUAUAGAGCUGCGUGCUUAGUUUCGGGUCUCCCCUGCCCAAGGCUUGGGGGAGGAAUAACAUGCUCUGGUUGGUGCACAUACGGAGCAAGGAGUGUGGUUUCCCCUCCUGAGGUGCAAGGACUUACUUGCCUUUCAAAAUGCAUUUGAACGUGAGAAACACUCAAACUCCUUCAUCAAGUUCCUCGGAGCCCAAUGACCUAACAUAUUGACUUGGUAGGAAGUUAGAUUCGUCAUAUAAAUAUUGGGCUUGAAGUACAGGAUACGUAUAUUUUUGCAUUUAAAAGUAUCACCUAUCAUAUGUUCCAUUUGAAAAUUGGCACAAUAGCAUUGAAGAUACUCUGACACAGAAAACCAAAUAUUUGAGCAUUAUCUAUAGAAACCUACUUCCCCGCCCCCUGCCCAGGUGGCCUAAGAUGUCUAGGAUGAUUAGAUGCUAAAUUUAAGAAUGAUAUUUAUUCCUAUAUUGAUCUAUUCAAAGAAACUUAAUGGGAUAGAUAUUCCGUAAACUAACUUUGUACAUACUGCGUUGGGGUUUAAUUUGCAGAAAUGGUCUCUGCAAAUCCUUGCCAGCAUUAUAGCCAUAUUUUGGGAGGAUGUGGUGUUUGAGGUCCCAGGAAACUGGGCCCGACCGAAUGGGAGAAACGCAAGCACAAUUUCUUAGAGCCAUUGAACUUGCUGUGGGGCGUCUGCUCUUAGCAAACAGACAUUGUACAGCUCAUUUAAUCCAGGCCCUUUUCUUCGUGUAGGUGGAGUACUCCCCUCUCUUAACAGGUCAUUUGUGAGAUGCAAUCAGCACUGGCUUAGACUUUGCUGCCGUCCCAGCCACAGGCUGAGUGACACGUGCUCAGUGGCCUCUGGCACUGUCUCUCUAGGUGAGGAUGAAACACAAUGGACAACACAUGGGAUGGAGGGAGGGACGAGGAAAUGUAGCCACAGUUCUUCAAUGUGUACAGUCUUCCUGUUCCUUUUCACAGG